AAUCGCUUUCCAGUCAGGCCGUUAACAUGGCUGAAUACGACCUCACUACCAAGAUUGCUCAUUUUCUGGAUCGGCAUUUGGUUUUCCCGUUGUUGGAAUUUCUUUCUGUAAAAGAGAUCUACAAUGAGAAGGAACUCCUACAAGGGAAGCUGGAUCUUCUCAGCGACACCAACAUGGUGGACUUUGCCAUGGAUGUCUACAAGAACUUGUACCCUGACAAAGAGAUCCCACAUUCCCUGAGAGAGAAGAGGACGGCUGUGGUGGCCCAGCUGAAACAGCUUCAGUCUGAGACGGAGCCCAUUGUCAAAAUGUUUGAGGACCCAGAAACAACGCGGCAAAUGCAGUCCACCAGAGAUGGCCGAAUGCUUUUUGACUAUCUUGCCGAGAAACAUGGUUUCCGUCAGGAGUACCUUGACACCCUAUAUAGGUACGCCAAGUUCCAGUAUGAGUGCGGGAACUAUUCUGGGGCUGCCGAGUACCUCUACUUUUUCCGUGUUUUGGUUCCCUCCACAGACAGGAAUGCCCUGAGCUCACUAUGGGGGAAACUGGCCUCCGAGAUCCUGAUGCAGAAUUGGGAGGCUGCCAUGGAAGACCUCACUCGCUUAAGAGAGACCAUCGACAACAAUUCUGUGAGCUCUCCCCUCCAGUCCCUGCAGCAGAGGACCUGGCUCAUCCACUGGUCUCUCUUUGUGUUCUUCAACCACCCCAAGGGCCGAGACAACAUCAUUGAGCUCUUCCUGUAUCAGCCGCAGUACCUUAAUGCCAUUCAGACUAUGUGCCCACACAUACUGCGCUACCUGACCACAGCUGUCAUCACUAACAAGGACGUGCGCAAGCGCAGGCAGGUCCUUAAGGAUUUGGUGAAGGUCAUUCAGCAGGAAUCUUACACAUACAAGGAUCCCAUCACAGAGUUUGUGGAGUGUCUGUAUGUGAACUUUGACUUCGACAGUGCCCAGAGGAAACUGAGAGAGUGCGAAUCGGUCCUGGUAAAUGACUUCUUCCUGGUGGCUUGUUUAGAGGACUUCAUUGAAAACGCCCGGCUGUUUAUCUUCGAGACCUUCUGCCGCAUUCAUCAGUGCAUCAGUAUCAACAUGCUUGCAGACAAGUUAAACAUGACUCCUGAUGAGGCUGAGAGAUGGAUUGUCAACCUCAUUCGCAACGCAAGACUGGAUGCAAAAAUAGACUCCAAAUUGGGCCAUGUGGUGAUGGGGAACAAUGCUGUGUCACCCUACCAGCAGGUGAUUGAGAAAACCAAGAGCCUGUCUUUUCGCAGUCAGAUGUUGGCCAUGAACAUUGAGAAGAAGCUCAGUCACAACAACAGGAAUGAUACACCGAACUGGGCUACCCAAGAUUCUGGUUUUUAUUGAAUUAAGGGGGGGGAAAAAAGCAAGCUGACCUCUCAUCAUGUCACAUCACAUUGACAACAGGACUCCCUUUCCCAGCGCUUUCAAGGUCAAUCUUGUUUGGUCAAAAUUCAAUAAACAUAACCCAAAACUAA